AUGGCCUUCGAGACGAGCUUCCCCGUCCCCUACCGCAGCAAGCUGACCGAGCCGUUCGAGCCGGGCCAGACGCUCGUCGUCAAGGGAAAGACCGGCGAGGACUCUGUCCGCUUCACCGUCAACCUGCACAACUCUGCCGCCGACUUCUCCGGCAACGACGUGCCCCUGCACAUCUCCGUGCGCUUCGACGAGGGCAAGAUCGUCUUCAACACGUUCAGCAAGGGCGAGUGGGGCAAGGAAGAGCGCAAGUCGAACCCCUACAAAAAGGGCGACGACAUCGAUAUCCGAGUCCGCGCCCACGACAACCGUUUCCAGAUCUUUGUCGAUCAGAAGGAGCUGAAGGAGUACGAGCACCGCGUGCCGCUCUCCUCCAUCACGCACUUUUCGAUUGACGGUGAUGUGCUCGUGAACAACAUCCACUGGGGCGGCAAGCACUACCCGGUGCCAUACGAGACCGGACUCGCCGGAGACGGCAUCGCCCCCGGCAAGCGAUUGGUCAUCACCGGGCUGCCCGAGAAGAAGGCCAAGCGUUUCCACAUCAAUCUGCUAAAGCAGAACGGAGACAUCGCCCUCCACUUCAACCCACGCUUCGACGAGAAGGCCGUCGUCCGCAAUUCGCUGAUCGCCAACGAGUGGGGCAACGAGGAGCGCGAGGGCAAGCUGCCCUUCGAGAAGUCGGUCCUCUUCGACCUCGACAUCCACAACGAGGAGUUCGCCUUCACCAUCAACGUCAACGGCGAGCGGUUCUGCUCGUACGCCCACCGCGUUGAGCCCCACGGCAUCAACGGUCUCCAGAUUGGCGGCGACGUCGAGAUCCAGGGAAUCCAGAUCCGUGACUAU